AUGGCGAUUCGCUCACUUCUCACCCGUCUUCAGCCACUAAGUUUCCGUAAAAUGCGCUACGGUGGAAUUGCAAAAGGAUUCAAUUUUCUAAGGCGCAUUUCGUCGAACAACUUAUCGGCAUCUGCAUACCAUGACUUGCCGCCUUCUAAACAAAAUAACGACAUCGACCUUAAAAGCAAGUUACUUUUCCUCAGGUAUCCUCGACGAAGCACGACGAGUGUGCUCCAGAAUUGGGUCAGCGAAGGCCGAAAAGUCUCCAUUUACGAUCUUCGAGAUAUUUCGAAUCAACUUGUGAGACGUGGGCGUUACAAACACGCUCUUGAGGUAAUGAAGUGGAUGGAGGAUCAAGAACGUUUCCAGUUUUCAGACUCUGAUCAUGCUCUCAGGUUAGAAUUAACCAUCAAAGUAAGUACUUUGGAAGAAGCCGAAGAUUACUUUGCCAAACUACCUAACACAGCUUCACAAAAAGCUUCAUAUCUCCAUCUUCUCAAUUCAUACGUUAGAGAUAAAGCCACAGAAAAAGCCGAGUCUCUAAUGAUCAAAAUGACUUCUUUGGGUGCUAAUGUGACUCCACAUCCAUUUAACGCAAUGAUGAAGCUUUACAUAGCCACAUCUCAAUUUGACCUUGUAAUAUCUGUCAUAUCCCAGAUGAAGCAAAACAAAAUCCCAAGAAACGUGCUUUCUUAUAAUCUUUGGAUGAGUGCAACCCAUGAGGUUUAUGGGGUCCAAAAUGUCGAUAUUGUUUACAAAGAAAUGUUAAACGACAAGGAUGUUAUAAUCGGAUGGAGCACUCUUUGUACUUUGGCUAAUAUCUACAUGAAAUCAGGACUUUUUGAGAAAGCAACUCUGACACUGGAAAACGCAGAAAAGAAGCUAUCUUUCAAAAACCAUUUUGGUUACUUUUUCCUCAUUACAAACUAUGUUUCUUUGAAAAACAAAGAGGGGGUUAUUCGCGUUUGGAAAGCUUGCAAAAGGGUAGAUGCAAAACUCACAUGUGCAAACUACAUGUGUAUGUUGCUAAGUUUAGUGAAGCUUGAGGAUGUUAAAGAAGCAGAAAAGAUUUUUAUAGAAUGGGAGUCACAGUGUUGGAAGUACGACAUUAGGGUGUCUAAUAUUCUUCUUGGUGCUUAUGUUAGGGGUGGAUUAAUGGAAAAGGCAGAGGGGUUACAUUUAAGAACAUUGGAGAGAGGUGGGUGUCCAAAUUAUAAGACAUGGGAGAUACUUAUGGAGGGAUAUCUUAAAAAUGGAAACAUGGAGAAAGUUGUGGAUGCAAUGAAGAAUGGGUUUAAGAUGUUGAAGGAUUGUAAUUGGAGGCCUUCGGGUACGAUUGUUGAGUCUAUUUUUGAGUAUUUUGAAAAGAGUGGAAAGUUGGAAGAUGCUAAGGAGUUUUUAAAUGUUAUUAGGGGUUUCAAUCUUGCUAGUUUGUGUGUAUAUCGAUCUUUGAUUAGGAUGCAUGUAGCAAAAAAGAAAGCGUGUAGUGACAUUCUUGAAAUGAUGGAGGAUGAUAAGAUAGAUAUGGAUGAUGAAACUAUGGCCAUUGUUCUAGCUUCACAAAGUGAUGCAUUAUCAUAG